AUGUCGAGCCGCGAAGAGCCCCCGUACGAUCCCUACAUCCCCAGCGGCGGCGCCGGUGGCCAGCAGGGCGGCCAGGGCCAGAAUGGCAACCACCGCACAGCUGCGCUCCAAGCGGAAAUCGACAGCACCGUUGGCAUCAUGCGGGACAACAUCAACAAGGUCUCAGAGCGAGGAGCCCGUCUAGACUCGCUACAGGACAAGACCGAUAACCUCGCCGUGUCCGCCCAGGGCUUCCGAAGGGGCGCCAACCGUGUGCGCAAGCAGAUGUGGUGGAAGGACAUGAAGAUGCGCAUGUGCCUCAUUGUGGGCAUCAUCAUCCUGCUCAUCGUCAUUAUCGUUCCUUCUGUCGUUGCCACGCAAAAGAACUAA